UUUGUAUGCAAUUUACCUCUCUCAUCCCAUUUAGCUUUUCUACUAUCCAUUCUUGAGAUCGUACUCAUUAUUGGGCUUGUACAUAACACGUUCCGCGAAUGAGGAGAGUUGACUAUACACAAACCCGAUGAAGUUCCAUCAUAAAACCAAUUGGUAUUAGGAGUAGGUCAUCAGGCAUCAAGUAUACAUAUUCAUCAAUCUCCGUAUAGUUUUUCGAUGUGGGAUCACAUCUGGAUUAUUUUCCAACACUCCCCUCAUAGGCAAAUUUAAAUGAUAAUGUCUGUACUACAUGUUAGUCGUUUCGAGCUCAAAAGUGAGCCACUAGUAUAGUUUUUUACUCCCUCCUAUUCAGCUUAUAUGUCUCAUUUCCUUUUAUGGUGAAGUCACCUUAAUUGUCCCAUUUCUAUUUUUGGUAUGGGUUUUUAACUUUUAUGCCCUUAGUAACUUUAUCCUAUUUUCAAUUAUACCCCCCAUUACCCAUACUAAUUUUCCUCCCUUACAUUAAAAAACUCAUAAUACCACUCUCUUUCCUACCCUUAGGGUCCCACUUUUGACUCUCCUUAAAAUCCGUGAAAAGUCAAAUGGGACUCCUAAGGUGAAUAGGAGGGAGUAUUAGUUUAGGGAUUUUGCAGAAUUCCCUUUAUCCUGAGCUUUGUACAUGAUAUAGGUACCCCAGGUAUUCAAGCAAUUUCGAUGAGAGACAUGGGAACAGAAAUGACUCCUGUCACAAGUCUAGAGCCCUCUCGGACAGCCACCCCUAAUGGGUCAUUAACCCCCUAUCGUAGCCCCAUAUCAUCGAUUCCUUCCACUCCUCGAGCAGGAGAACCGACCACUGCUCCUGCGGAACAUACAACUGAAAGUAAUGCACACUAUCUAACUGGGAAAGGCAAUCAAGAAUUGUCGGAACAUGAACUGAAGCUCAAGACUAGACGAGAGAUUGUGGCACUUGGUGUACAGCUUGGGAAGAUGAAUAUAGCUGCUUGGGCAAGUAAAGACGAGAAGGAUAAAUACCCUUUUCCCGAUACUCAUCCUGAGGAAUUCGAACGUAUUGAAUUUGAAAAACGCGCUGCUGCUUGGGAAGAAGCUGAAAUAUCAAAGCAUGCUGCAAGGUAUAAGCGCAAGGAGAUCAAAAUCCAAGCUUGGGAGAGUCAACAGAAGGUGAAAUUGGAGGAAGAAUUGAGGAGAAUAGAGGCAAAAGUUGAACGACUGAGAACACAAUCCCAGGCGAAAAUGAUGAAAAAGAUAGCGAUGGCGAGGGAGAAAUCAGAACAAAAACGAGCAGCAGCUGUGGCCCAAAAGGCGCGAGAUGCUGAAAAAACUGCUGCCCAAGCUGAGUUCAUUAGGCAAACAGGUCGAACUCCAUAUUCAGAUAAUUUGUGCUGUGGUCUCUUGUGUUAGAAUUUGUAGGGAAGAUUGGUUCCCAACAUGAUCAUUCAAGUAAAUGAUCUCCUUUGUACUUUACAUUUGCUUUUUCUUAUAUGGGCUUGUGUUUAGAUUUUAGGUGAUGCUUCAAUAGUUUGUGGGCAUUUCCCCGUGAUCUUAUCUGGUACACAUAAUAUAAGUAUAUGCAAAUUGAAACUGCAACAACUUCCGUUAAAGUGCGCAUUAUUAUCCAUAUGUGAGUUGUUUUACAUUUGAGAAAGAAGAGGAUAUGUUAUUACCAUUUGGUUUAGUAAAGAUCCUCCUUGAGAUUGUAUAAAGAUGAUCUCUUAUACUCCUUAUUUGGGUUGCUCACCCCUAUUUUUAAAUUCUUACAACCUCAUAAUAGUUAAGAAUUGCACAUUAAAACAACAACUACAUAGCCAACUCCUUAAUCUCGAAGAAUUAUGGAUUGACUUUGUGAUUGAAGCCUUCGAGCUUUGCUUUCACUAUUGGAGUCUAAUUGUCACCUCUUUUUUAUCGUU